AUCUUUAUUCUAUAGAAUAUGUUAAGUUUUACAAUAACUUCACACAACAGACUUUUUCCACUCAUUAUCUCAGCAGAAUUCAUGGUAUUUUCCCGGAAAAUUACUCUUAAUUCGAAUUAUUUUCCUGGAAAGUUACUCUUUUAUUGAUAUAGAUAGAGUCCAGAUGAAGAUGAUGAACAUUAUAAUCAAUGUCAUGGAGAUGAUCUGGAGAACAAUUGUUUCAACAUUAAUGCUCUUUUUCUUCUUGAGAUAUUUCAAUAAUCCUCCAAAUCCUCUUCUUAUUUUCUUUUUCCUCUGUUUGAUUCUUUUCUUGCUUAUCAUCGAUCGUAAUCGCUCUGUUUAUGAAGAAACCGAAGAUUUCUAUGUUUUGUACACUUUUCAAGAAGACAGUAUGCUUGAUGUUGAAACCAUAGACAAGAACAGAGAAUGCUGUUAUUUCACAAGAUAUUACUAUGAUGAUUGUUUUAGCUAUUAUGAUGGUUUUGAUGAAGUUGAUAAUGAUGGUUUUAUAUGGAACGAUGAUGAAGAUUAUAGCCAAUGGAAUCAAGAUGGUGGUGAUGAUGGUAUUGAAAACCAUGAUGAUGAUGAUAAUCAUGCCUAUGGUGAUGAUGUUGAUGAUGACACCUUGACGAGCAGGAUUGAAGAUUACAUUGCAAAUGUUUACAAUGGAUGGAGAGAAGAGAGACGAACAGAGAAACUGUUUGUCUGAUCUUUUCAAAACUCUGUUUUUCUCUCUGUACAUAUGAAAAAAAUUGUUGUGGUGUGUACAUAAAUUUGCCAUUUACGACUGAUGGAUCUACUAUUCUAUCGAUCAAUCUGUAACUUUUAAUCAAUACUAGAAGCAACAUAAAUACUUGAUGCA